UUUCUUCCGUAUUUUUUCCAAGUCCUUCUUCCAUAAUCCUACGGAGGGCGCCUGCAACUUGUUAAUUUACAGUGUAAAAUCCAGAUGAAAGGAAAAAGAAAACGGUGUCGUUUUGAUUGAAUGACUUCCGGCUCUGAUCCUUUCUCACUGAUUUCUCAGCCCUCUCCACUCCAUCUGUGAUAAAACCCUUUGGAAUUUCAAAGCCCUAAUUCUCAAAUCCACAUCCCACCGAAGCUUUCUGCUACUCCAAUGGCGCUUCCACCAAUUCUUCAUCACUCUCACUUUCAUUAAACUUCUCCACAGCGGUCCCAUGGCCAGUCACUGUAUUCUCAAUUCUCCGCAUUUUCCCUGUCUCCCAUUUCUCUCCCGCCCCAAAAUCAGAACCAAAACAAAAAAUUUAGCUAUUCGUCCACCAAUUAUCUCAUACCACUUCUCCACUUCUCAACCCCAAGAAUAUGAAGAUAACGACAAGGAAAGCAAAAAGGCGAAGCAAAACCCUUGCAAUUUCCUCAACCUCUCCAUAACUCUCACCAUCAUUUCCGCCUCUCUCCCCCAACCCUCCCUCGCAGCCGCUGCCGCCGGAAAAUCAGCAGGGAAAAAGCGUUCCUCGAGAAAACCAGAAGCGCUGACACCCCAAGAACUGAAAUCGUGGACAGAAGGACUUCCCGUUGUGACGGACCGUGUUCCGUAUACGGACAUUUUGGAUUUGAAACGAGAGGGAAAGCUUAAGCAUGUAAUUAAGCCGCCCGGUGGACCUGGGGUCGGGCUGAGGCAGAGGGCGGAGGCCGUUUUGGUGGUUUUAGAAGAUUCUAGGGUUUUGAGGACGGUGGUGCCCUCUGUAGAGAAGGAUAGGAGGUUUUGGGAAAUGUGGGAUGAGUUGAAGAUUGAUAGCGUUUGUGUGAAUGCGUAUAGUCCGCCAGUGAAGGGGCCGGAGCUCCCAGUCCCUUAUUUAGGGUUCUUGUCCAGGAUACCGGCAUAUAUGUUUUCAUUUGUGAAACCGAAGCCUGUGUCUAAGAGGGCAAUGGAGAUAAAGAGGGAGAGAGAGGAGUUGAAGAGGAACAGGAAAAAGGAGUUGGUGGGGAUGAGGGAGGAGAGGGAGAUGAUGGAGAAGGCCAUUAGAGUGCAAAAGAGGAUGGAAGAGAAGAGAAUAAGGAGGGAGUUGAAGAAGAAAAAGUACGAGGAAUCAACGCGUGAUGCAAGGAGGAAAUAUGAACGUAUGGCAAAUUUUUGGGCCAAUUUGGCGGCGGACUCAAAUGUGGCAACUGCACUUGGGUUUGUGUUCUUUUACAUAUUUUAUAGGACGGUUGUCUUAAGCUAUAGGAAGCAGAAGAAAGAUUAUGAGGAUAGAUUGAAAAUUGAGAAAGCAGAGGCAGAGGAGAAGAAGAAAAUGAGGGAACUAGAGAGACAGUUGGAGGGAAUUGAGGGUGGGGAAGAUGAGAGUGAGAUUGUGGGAGGUGAGCAGAAUCCUUACAUGAAGAUGGCUAUGCAGUUCAUGAAGUCCGGAGCUCGUGUUCGCAGGGCACAUAAUAAGAGACUCCCUCAAUAUUUAGAGAGAGGUGUGGAUGUGAAGUUUACUGAUGUUGCUGGACUUGGGAAGAUAAGGCUUGAGCUUGAGGAGAUUGUGAAAUUUUUUACACAUGGUGAAAUGUAUCGUAGGCGAGGAGUGAAAAUACCAGGGGGCAUACUUCUUUGUGGCCCUCCAGGGGUGGGGAAGACUUUGCUCGCAAAAGCUGUGGCAGGUGAAGCAGGUGUGAACUUCUUCUCCAUCUCUGCUUCUCAGUUUGUGGAAAUAUAUGUUGGGGUUGGUGCUUCUCGUGUACGGGCACUUUACCAAGAAGCAAAGGAAAAUGCUCCAUCUGUUGUCUUCAUUGAUGAGCUGGAUGCUGUUGGCAGGGAGCGUGGUUUGAUCAAGGGAUCUGGCGGACAAGAACGUGAUGCUACUCUUAAUCAGCUUCUUGUUUGUUUGGAUGGAUUUGAAGGGAGAGGAAACGUGAUUACUAUUGCCUCCACAAAUAGACCGGAUAUUUUGGAUCCAGCACUUGUGAGACCAGGACGGUUUGAUCGAAAAAUUUAUAUUCCUAAGCCUGGCAUAAUAGGACGCAUUGAAAUUCUGAAGGUUCAUGCUAGAAAGAAGCCAAUGGCUGAGGAUGUGGACUAUAUGGCAGUUGGUAGUAUGACUGAUGGAAUGGUCGGUGCAGAGCUAGCCAACAUUAUUGAGAUUGCUGCCAUUAACAUGAUGCGUGAUGGAAGGAGUGAGAUUACAACCGAUGACUUAUUACAAGCGGCACAAAUAGAAGAAAGAGGAAUGCUGGAUAGAAAGGAGAGAAGCCCUGAGAUGUGGAAGCGAGUAGCUAUUAAUGAAGCAGCAAUGGCUGUAGUAGCUGUGAACUUUCCUGAUCUAAAAAAUAUUGAGUUUGUCACAAUUUCUCCCAGAGCUGGCAGGGAAUUGGGUUACGUUCGGAUGAAAAUGGAUCACAUCAAGUUUAAGGAAGGAAUGCUUAGUCGGCAAUCCCUCCUGGAUCAUAUCACUGUUCAACUAGCACCGCGUGCUGCUGAUGAGAUUUGGUAUGGUGAAGAUCAGUUGAGUACCAUAUGGGCUGAAACAGCAGAUAAUGCUAGAUCAGCAGCAAGGACCUUUGUUCUUGGUGGCCUUUCUGAGAAACAUCAAGGGUUAUCUAGCUUCUGGGUCGCAGAUCGAAUUAAUGAUAUUGAUUUGGAGGCAUUGCGGAUCUUAGAAGUUUGUUAUGAACGUGCAAAAGAGAUCCUGAAGCAGAAUCGAAAACUCAUGGAUGCUGUGGUUGAUGAACUUGUCCAGAAGAAAAGUCUGACCAAGCAAGAAUUUUUUCGCCUAGUUGAGGUGCAUGGCUCUCUUAAACCUAUGCCACCUAAUAUUCUUGAUAUCAGGGCUGCCAAGCGUAUACAAUUCCAAGAAAGGAUGAUGAGCCAGAGAGAGGCAGCAGUAGGGAAGAACAUUUGAGCACAGUACCAAGAGAACUAUCUGACAGGGUUCAUAUCCAUCUUGGCAAAACUUUAUCAUGUGGACUUCAAGUCAUGUUUCCCUGCCCCAUUCAUUGGGCAUUGCAGAUAGUAUUCAUAAUUUCACCUUUGUGGGAUCAGCUCAUCACUGGGAGAGGAAACACUAUUUUCUUCCUCUCCUGGCAUGUAUUGUAAAAGAUAGAAAACAGAACCAGGUGUAAGGGAAAUCUGAAAUACAGAUUUCCAGUUUAUUCUUGCCAACCCUUGCAAGUUUUACCUGUUAACCUAAUCAUUGCGACUUACCUCUCUGUCGCUUCUUUUUUAUUUGAUCAUGGCAGCCUAAAAUCUCUCUAUGUUAGUAUGUAUUUUGUCACGUUGAAGGUGUAAUGGAUGUUUUCGUUUCUCACAAGGAUUUAUGUAUGCUUUUGGCUGAUAUGUUUGCAGCAUGGUUAGCACCAUAAACUGAGACCUGGUGUUUUUCGCACAAAGCAGAGUCAACAUGUUAAACAAGACCUGGCAAAUUAAUUUAGUUCUGAAGGAAGAAUACAGCUUGAUACUGAGGAAGCCGGGCCAUCGCUGCCAAAUAAAACUCAUUCACAGUGUGGGCAUAAGUUGGUGGUCAUCUAAAUGCGAUUUGAUUCAGAAUUCAAUUCUGCUCUGCCCUAAUCAUAACAAUUGGGCACUGAGGUUUUGUUGUUAUAUUACACAGUUUCAAUUGAUUUCAUAUGAGGAACACGGGUUAUAUGUGGUAUGUUGUUUCAAUCUUCACAUGAUAUGCCAAUUUUGAACUGAUUGGGUUUC